UGGUCUUAUUCUGGUUGCCUCGGUUUCCUCGGUUUCCUCGGUUUUACCUAAAAAUGCUGCUUAGUCUUAACACAAGUGGCCGUUGCCUUAAAAAAUGAUUUCAUUCUAACCGCAUGUGUUUUCCAAAAAACAAAUUCAAAAUUAUAUCUACAAAUGUGUUGAAAGAUAAAAAAAAUAUAUGUAGAUGUAUAAGUAGAUAUAAAAUAUACAAGAAUUAAACUGUGAAAUCCGUAAUUACUUUGAAGUGGAAACAUUUCUGAAAUACGCAAAUAAUUGCAUAAGUUGAAUGCUUUUAGAAUUAGAAAGUCCAAAAUUAGUUUUGACGCAGAAGCACAUGUAUCCACAGAUAAAUAUCUACAAAUUAUAGAAAAAAAUUAUUCGUGUUUAACUGUUCAGAUUCGUUUUAAUAAAUAACAUCAACAAUCAGAAACAUGUUGCCAUCAACUACAAAUGGAACAGUUGUAACUGAGCCUAGCGGAAUACAAAUAAAAUUUGCUAGUCAAAGCUCAAUGACGUCUUUAGACAAUGCAAUACCAGCGUCGCCAACAAAAAGUAUUAGUUCGUCGCUUAAACGCAAUACAAGUGACGGUAAUCUCAUGACAACAGAAAUAAAGGAGGCCAGAGUUCGCGUCAUCUACACGGGUGGUACAAUAGGGAUGAUGCGUAACGAAAGAAAUGUGUUGGCACCUAUUCCAAAUGCUCUGGUGAAACGAAUUCGCAAAUAUCCGAAUAUGCACGACCAAGAGUAUGCUGAAAAACGUUUUGGGAAUGCUGCUUCCAUGGCGCCUCUUGUUUUGCCGCAUGUACAAGGCGAGUUAAGAAGAGUCAUAUAUCAAAUCACGGAAUAUGUUCCUAUAUUAGAUUCCAGCAAUAUGACAAUGCAGGAUUGGGCACGAAUAGCAAAAGACAUCCAUCAAUCAUAUGAAUUUUUUGAUGGGUUUGUAGUAUUACAUGGCACAGAUACCCUCUCCUACACAGCUUCAGCACUUUCAUUCAUGUUGGAAAAUCUUGGAAAGACUGUAAUUAUAACUGGUUCACAAAUUCCUAUAUUCGAAACUCGUACAGAUGGUAAAGAUAACUUCACAUCAGCUUUGAUUAUUGCCGGCAAUUAUGUUUUACCAGAAGUAUGUGUAUUUUUCGGAAAUAAAUUGUUUCGUGGAAAUAGAACAGUUAAGAUAAGUUCAAACGCACUUGAUGCUUUUGAAUCUCCGAACUCGCCACCUCUAGGACGCAUAGGUGUCAGUGUGGACAUUGAUUACAGACUAAUAUUUCGACCAUGUAGUGUAUCAAGAUUUACCGUGCAUUCAGAACUUGACGAAAAUGUUGGAAUUUUACGUAUAUUUCCCAGUAUAUCACGAAGUACGUUUCAAGCAUUUUUAUCUCCUCCAUUAAAAGGAGUUGUAUUGCAGUCUUUUGGCUCUGGAAAUGUGCCUUCAAAUCGACAAGACAUUUUAGAUGAGCUUAAGAUUGCGGCUGAUCGUGGAGUGAUUAUCAUAAAUUGCACGCAGUGUGCAAAAGGUUCUGUUGCAGAAAUUUAUGAUACAGGAAAGGUUUUAUUUGAUUUAGGCGUGCUACCAGGUUUUGACAUGACACCAGAAGCGGCGUUGACAAAACUUUCUUAUGUACUCGGAAAAGCGGAAUGGUCUCUUGAAGAAAAAAAACAAAUGAUGCAAUCAAACUUAAGAGGUGAACUAACGUCGGCAUCUGGACCAAAAAUGGAAGAAUUUGAUCUAGUGGAUGCUGUAGCAAGAUCAUUACAUUUAUCAUCUCCCCAAGAUCUCGGACAACUAGGUGCCACACUAUUUCCAGCCAUGUUAAAUAGUGCUGUCAUUGCAGGUGAUAUACCGAAGAUAAACAAUCUCAAAUCAUAUGGUGCAGAUUUAUCUGGAACGAACCAAGACCAUCGCACUGCUUUGCAUCUGGCUUGUCAUGAAGGCAAGAUAGGAAUAGUAAAUCAUUUACUUCUAAAUGGAGUAUCUGUACAUAUAAGAGAUCGGUACGACCGCACUCCUCUGCAUGAAGCCAUAACUACAGACAACCAUGAAAUUAUACAAUUGUUGAUCAAUUGUGGAGCACAUUUAACAGGUUCAUCUAGAGGAAUUGGUGAACAGCUGUGUGCUGCAGCUGCACGGGGUUCAAUGAAACGACUAAAGUCAUAUCAAUUAGCUGGUGCUGACUUAACUCAACCAGAUCCUUCUGGCCGAACUGCAUUACACUUAGCUGCGCUCCAUGGCCAUGAAGAUAUCGUUCGGUUUUUGCUACCUUUUCACGAAAAUCUCGAAGAAACCGACUUACUCGGACAUACUGCAUUGGACUAUGCCACACGUGCGGAACAGAAUAAUAUUGUAAAAAUUUUAAACGGUGAUAUUUUAAAUUAAUAAUAUAAAUAUAAAAUGAAAAAUAUAACAUCGCAACUAAAAUCGA